AUGUGCAGGUUGAGGAUUCGUGGCAGGUUCUUCAACCUGAGCAUCAUAAAUGUGCAUAGUCCGCACCUUGGAAGCACCGAUGACGAUAAAGACAAUUAUUAUACGCAGUUGGAGAGGGAGUACGACCGCUGCCCACAACACGACGUUAAAAUUGUCAUCGGGGAUUUUAAUGCUCAGGUCGGACGGGAGGAGGCAUUUAAACCGACGAUAGGAAGUUUCAGUGCCCACCGGCUGACCAACGACAACGGGCUUCGGCUCGUAAACUUCGCCUCCUCCAAGCACAUGAACAUUCGCAGCACCUUCUUCCAGCACGCACCUCGCUUCAGUUACACCUGGAGAUCACCGCAGCAAACACUUUCCCAGAUCGACCACGUUCUCAUCGAUGGAAGGCACUUCUCGGACAUAAUCGACGUAAGGACCUAUAGAGGAGCAAACGUCGACUCAGACCAUUUCCUGGUUAUGGUUAAGUUACGCCAGAAACUGUGCGUGGCCAACAAACUGCGCUAUCAGCCCACCCCAAGGCUCAACACAGACCGGCUGAAACAAGCUGUUGUGGCGAGGGACUUCGCAAUCGCGCUUGGGGAAGCGCUGCCGGAGGACAUCACUACCGAGGCGAUGUCUCUCAAUGACCACUGGCGCAUGGUGGAGCAAGCCAUCAGCAGCACGGCCGAGCGAACAAUUGGCCGCGUGACCCAUAACCAGAGGAAGGAAUGGUAUGAUGAUGAUUGCAGGCGAGCACUCUCCGAGAAGAACGCCGCGCGGACCCGCAUGCUCCAGCGCGAGACCCGGCAGAACGUGGAAGACUACAGACGACUGAGAAGGCAGCAGACCCUACUCUUCCAGGACAAGAAGCGCGGCUUCGAAGAGUCGGACGAGCUACUCAUGCAGCAGCUAUCCCAGUCGGGGGAAACUCGUAAGUUCUACAGGAUGCUGAAUGCGGCACGGAAUGGUUUUACUCCCAUGACCGCUAUAUGCCGCAGUGAGGAGGGAGAUAUCCUGUCGGACGAGCGAGAGGUGAUCGACAGAUGGAAGUGCUACUUCGACAGACGCCUGAACGGAGCAGAUACCAGAGCAGACGCAGGAAGCAGAGGAGAGCAACCCUACGACAGCCAGCAUGACAAUGACGAAGUGCCCCCGCCAUCUUUGGACGAAGUCAUCAGCGCCAUCAAACAGCUGUGUUGUGUCUUUGGCUUGCAUCAGGUACUUUAUUAA